AUGGGUUCAGUCGCACAGGAUUCAGAGUCCAUUGAGACUCGUCUGUUUAUUAAUGGCGAGUUCCGACCGUCGACCAGCAACAAAACAUUCCCAGUCGUUUACCCUUACACCAAAGAGGUGGUAGCGCAAGGUCCAAUCCCGCAAUAUAUAGUCCACGAAGCCAAUGAACAGGAUGUCGACAACGCCGUCACAGCCGCCAACGCAGCCUUCCCAUCCUGGCGCGAUCUAGGCAUCGACCAGCGCGCCGGAUACCUGCGCAAGCUGGCCGAUCUGUUGGUCGAGUCCCACGCCAAGCUGGCACAGCUCGAGACACUGUGCACUGGGCGUCCGAUCUCCCAGUUCUUCGAUGCGAGUUUCUCCGCAGACCAGUUCCGGUACUUCGCCGAAGGCGGCUGGAACGCGCAGGGGACGGCCAGUCUCAGUACGCCAGGUCUGCUGAGCAUGACGCUGAAACAGCCCUACGGCGUGGCGGGACUGAUUAUCCCGUGGAACUUCUCGCUCAUUGCGUUCGCGAUGAAGAUGGCUCCCGCCCUGGCGGCGGGGAAUACAGUGGUUCUGAAGAGUAGUGAGAAGGCGCCUCUGACGUCGCUUUAUGUAGCCAAGCUCAUCGCGAAAGCUGGCUUUCCGCCCGGCGUCGUCAACAUCCUGUCGGGCUUCGGCAACCCCGCUGGUUCUGCCAUCGCGUCGCACAUGCUGGUGCGCUGUCUCAGCUUCACGGGGUCAUCAUUGACCGGCCAGCGGGUCCAAACCGCGGCAGCCAAAUCCAACAUGAAGCACGUCCACCUGGAACUGGGCGGCAAGUCGCCCGCGGUGAUAUUCGAAGACGCAGACCUGGAGUCCGCAGCCGCGCAAACGCAAUUCAGCGUCCAGUUCAACAGCGGACAAGUAUGCGUCGCCAACUCACGGAUCUACGUGCAGGAAUCCGUGGCCGACCGGUUCCUGCAGCUCUUCCGCGAGAAAUUCGCCGCCGUGCAGAUAGGCGACCCACUAGACCCUGCGACGACGCACGGCCCGCAAAUCGACGCCAUCCAGUACAACCGCGUGAAGGAGUACCUGGCGAUUGGGGCCAAGGAUGGGACGCGGACGGUCGGCGACGAUGCCGAGAACGGGUUCUUUGUGCGCCCGACUGUCUUUGAGCGCGUGCCUGAGGACUCGCGGCUGAUGCGCGAAGAGAUCUUUGGGCCGGUGGUUGCUAUCAAUACCUUCUCGACCGAGGCGGAGGCUAUUGAGAAGGCAAAUAACAGUGAUUUUGGGCUGUAUGCGUCGGUUUUCACGAAGGAUGUUGAUCGUGCGGUGCGGCUGGCUAAGGCGCUCGAGGCUGGCACUGUCGGCGUCAAUUGCACCAGUCCGACGAAUGCGAAGGAUGGCGCUAUCGGUGGGCUCAAGAUGAGUGGUUCUGGUCGUGAGGGACUGUUGUAUAGUCUGGACAAUUUCCUGGAGGUUAAGACUGUCUUGAUUAAAACUGCACCAGCGUGA